GCAGAACACCUGGAACUUGAAGCUGAGCUUCAACCCUGAGGAACACGGCAGUGCUCCAUUCUAAGGAGCAUUUUGUGCUACUUACAGUUCCACAGAACACUAUCAAAAAUGAGGACCACACUGUUUGAGGAGCUUCAGAGAACGUUUUGGAAGAUACCCUUGGGAGCAAGAUGCUACUUACCACAGCAUACACUGUUGACACCAGCUGUUAGUGACAUGCUUUCUCAGCUAAGGCAUUCUAAACAGCAUAAAAGAGGUAAGCGUGCAGGCAGACUUUUAUACAGGAAUGUGUAAAACAGCUCUAACAGAUGCGGUGGGCUCCUCGGAAACUCCACUUCCAAUCAGGAAAGAAUGAUUUCUCUGUAGUCUAGGCACAAGAGGAUAGACUGAGCUGGGACAGUGACCUGCAAAUUCAUGACAACCCUCUGUCCAAUACCUCAUCAGCAGACCCAACCAUACCUGCAUCCUAACGAGCAGCUGGCUGCACACCCACUGCAGGAGCACCACAGCUCAGCUGUAGCUCUAAUUUCCAGCUGCAAAGAUAGCGGCCUUCUCCCAGCUCUGCUAUGCCCUUGUGCCCUGCACUACCCAGAGGCUUUGCUGCAGCCAUAGCAUGGAUAGGUUAUGUGACCAGUAUGCCCACUUCAGUGUCACAGAGAGCAAAGCAUAUCUACUACUUGUGGUAGUUAAGGGUAGGCAGGCCAUUCUCUCUGUGUUGCAGAAACCAAAUUUUGCUCCUGGGCUGCCAGUUGAAGGGACCCAGCUGACCAUAGAAACUAUAUAUAACUGUUACACAUAUAAAGAAGUCUGAUAGUUGCAACAGGGAAUUAAUACUGCCCAAACUCUUAUCUAACAGGAAGCAAGUCUCACAAUUUUCAGAAAUUCUUUAUAAGUGUGAGGUCACUGUGGAGUCAUACUGGACUACAAAUUUAGCCUUUCAAGCAAACAGAUAUAAGCAAAUCUAGAACUUCUUUACUAACAUUUGAACACUGAUUUACUCUCUCAGCAAAGCAUUAUGGUGAUGACCACAUUUAACCUGACAAAGCCACAAGACAGAUUCAUAUAAUGAAAUAAACUUCUACUGCUGAAACAAGAGGGCUAUACCAGUUUUACCCACAGGUAUGUGCUGGAAAUCUGAUUCAAGAUCAGCCAGGGAUCACUUUCCAUCAAGCUGCUGUUUACUGUGUAGAGCUGACUUGCCUUUAUUGUUAACAUGUCAUACAGUACUUGGUGUGCCCUGAAAUCUAUUUAAUAAAUUUUAGGAUAUUAGUUAGGGAAUAUCCCAGCUGGGGAUAAACCACGUUGAGGGUGGAAAGGAAUGGUUUAAAAACAAACCAACAAAAAAAUUGCUCUAUUGAUAAAACAAUAGAUUUGUAUAGUCAAAAAUCGAAGUACUGAGUGAGGGGAUUAAUCUGCAUAGAAAAUGCAGGCUCUCACAGUAGCAUGAAACCGACAGGCUUAACCCAAAUUUCAGAAAGAGUUUGCCAGGAGAGUCUCUAGAAGUAACUUCAUUCCCAGCUGUAUUCCUUCUGAUACCUCUGUUUCACAAGCCCCCUAUGAGAAGGAAGGUGCUGUCCUCGUAAACUGUCAGCUAACAGCAGACUAAAAUUCUGCUCACGUCUGGUGCUCCUAUUUUCAGGGGAUCUACUGAGCUCUUCUAUUGCUGUGUGCACACCCUACACUCACACACUUCUGCACUGCUUAGCAUCCACUGCUUGUCACCUGCCCAAGUCCUGUGCAGCUAUUUCACUCCUGAGAGGGAACAGGUUAUUCUUUUUCUGGUGCAGCAGCUCAGCACUUCAUAGAAAACGGCAGUUUCUGGCUCAAUUGUGGCACUCUGAAAAGGCAGCCCUGACCAGGGCUGGGUGAUGAUACCGCUGCUUCUGCUCACACAUCAUGUCUGGGAGCUUCCGUUUGGCAAGGCGGCAAGUAACUGCAUUCCAGCUGAUAGGCAGCGCUUUUGGCAGAGCAUCGACCUUCCUGCUCCUUCAGAGGUCGUCGCUGGCCUACAACCCCCCCCCGCAGGAUACCGCAAGCCGCUACUAGCGGCGGACUCCAACAGCCGGGACAGGACGCAACCCUCCCAACCUCCCUCGGCGCCUCCUCGCAGCCUUCGCGCUUAAUCGACCGGCUCCGCCUUUACCCUCCCUCGGAAAGGCCGGGUGGAACGCCGGAGCCGCGGCCAUGUCUCGACCGCCCCUGUGCCCCGUCGUGCAGCAGGUCCGACCUGUGUCCGCUGCGCCGCGCUUGGAGCCCGUGGAGCUGCGGGAAGCCGCCCACUGCUUGGUGGUGGACGCGGAUGGGAGGAGGAUUCCCUUCGGGGCCUUGUACAGGCGGCAGAAGGCCGUCGUGGUGUUCGUGCGGAAUUUCUUGUGUUACACCUGUAAGGAGUAUGUAGAAGAUCUGGCAAAAGUUCCUAGGAGUUAUUUACAAGAAGCAAAUGUGAGGCUUAUAGUUAUUGGACAGUCAUCAUAUCAUCACAUCAAGCCUUUUUGCAGUUUAACUGGAUAUACCCAUGAAAUGUAUGUAGAUCCACAAAGAGAAAUUUAUAAAAUGCUUGGCAUGAGAAGAGGUGAAGGUAAUGACGUAUCAGGUAAUGAAGUUCAUUUUUUGCAUCAUGAUAGAAACAGAAUGGAUCAUGUUCCCAUUAAUUCAGUUUUGCAGAUGGCAGGAGUUAAAACAGUAAACUUCACAAACAAACCCCAGAUUAUUGACAUAUGACACUGAGACAAUUUGUCUUUUUUUCUUUUUUUUUUUUUUUAAUUCUCUACAAGAACAACACUCCAGUGAAUUCCCAACAGCUUCAGUGCUCUUCAUCUUUAUAGGACAUACGAAACCAUGUCUGGAAUACCAGAACACAGAAUAAAGAACCGAAUAAAGAACCUGGCACUGAAGAUGGACACUAAAACGCUGUUUUCCAUUGUGUAUAAGAUAAUAAAAACUAAAAUGCAACUAAGA